UCAAAUUUGGAUUAAGGAGGGCACGAGGAAUUUCCUGGGUAAUGAGCGUAUUUUUGCCUGUUUAAUUAAAGAGCUGGGAUAUAAAUCUAGGGUGGAUGUUAAAGUCAAGAUAGACAGAGCGAGUUGUACACCUUGCUAGUAAUACUUAAUCAAUUCAUUGAAUUUAUAUAGCGCCUUUCUAGACACUCAGACGCUUACAGUGAAGGGGGGACCGCACUCACCACCACCAGUGUGUAGCACCCACUUGGGUGAUAAAACGACUGCACAGGGGAAACCCUGGUAAACCAAAGACAUGAAUGCUAUGGAAUGGAUACAAACUCUUCUAAUCUCAGGACUGUGUAUCCCGUCCUUCUGUGCUGACUACCGCCAACACUGUUUAAUUGAAACCCCCAAAUCCUGGUCUGAUGCCCAGAGCUACUGCAGAGAGAGAGGCCACGACCUGGCCACCAUAGACGACAUGGGGGCAAUGAAGUCACUGCUGGGCAUGAAUGCAGACAGAGCUCAUGAUUGGUGGAUCGGUCUUCAUUAUGGGGGUCCUGAAAGGUGGCAUUGGUCGCUGGCAGACAAGGACUUCUACCAAGAGGGAGAGAGAGAUUACCGUAAUUUCAAAGUAGAGUUACCUGGUCCUAGGUUUACUCUGCAAUAUAACAGCAAGUGGUACAAUCAUGGAAAUAACGAAAAACAUGUAGGAUUGAAUGAUUUGGCAGGUAACAGACAAGGCGGAGACCGAUAUGUCCUAGUGAGAGAGGGGAAGACCUGGGUCGAUGCGCAGGUGUACUGCAGGAGUCACCACACGGACCUGGUCAGCAUCAGGAACUCAACAGAGAACCAGGCAGUCGCGGAGGCAAGUGGUGGAUAUUAUGUCUGGACCGGCCUCUUCAAAGAGGCGUGGUACUGGUCGGACGGGCGCUACUCCUCCUUACGACACUGGGAUCAUCAUGCAUUUGUGGGGAAUUUCCCUCAAAGUUGCGCUGUGAUGACUAGCCACAUUUCUGGAAGAUGGAGCCAACGAUCAUGUCAUGAGUUGCAUCCCUUUCUCUGCACCUGUACUAGGAAACGGGUUCUCAAGGUGAGGGUGCUUUCAGAGGACAUCCAGGAACUGAAUGACCCUGCCAUGAAAACUGCCAUCUUAAAACAAAUCCAGAAAAUGCUGAAUGAAGGGACUUUGCGCAACCACCAUAAGAUAGCCUGGAAAAUCAAUUCUGAUGGACAGGUCUUCACCAAGGAGUAGUGUCUCACAAAUCAUUCUAUAAUAAUACCUAAAGUCUGUCAGCAGAUGACCUCAAGUCUGUGUGAAAGGUUAUUCCUCUUUGCUAUUUUUUUGCCAGUUCUCACUAUAGUCACAAUUAUGAUGGUCACAUGAGUGAUGUUUGCAUUAUUUGUAACAAUUCCAUUGAUAAACCAAAUAACCUCUUUCUAAACCAUUUGAGGAUGAAUAGCAUAACUAUAAGGGGAAUGAAGAUAGAAGGAAAUAUUCAUUUUCGUAGGAAUGAAAAUCGGGUCACAUGUCUCAUACUUUAAGGAUUUGAUGAGAUAUACGUUUUUCUGGAUGCAUAAGAUCCUGUGUUUCAGGGUAACAUAUGUUGAGGUAAUUGCAGAUAGAAAAGAGUUAUGAUGUUUCUUGAAUGUACAAUAUUUUUUUUGCAAUAUAUGACCAAGAUUUCAGUUAGAGUAGCUGUAGGAUGUAACUAAAGAAGGGUUAGCCUGAAAGAGUAUAUGAGGCUCAGCCUCUGAGCAGAAUGUUGGAGCUUCAGAGACUGCUGAGGGAAACGUCCACUCCAGGUUCAGGGCUGAGACUUGACUUUGCAUUAUGUCACGUUAAUGAGAUAUCUUUCUAGUUUGGAUUGUCUUGGACAAAGUUCAUUCAAUAAUAUUUUGAUUUAAAAAAUGCAUCUAUAUAAUUCUGCCACUAGGGAUCGCCACAAACAUAGACUUUACUUGGGCGGGUAUUGUUAUUUUCUCCGUUUUUUUUCAAUCCUUCCAAGAGAACACCAUCCGCUAUAUCGACAUUGCUUCCGUACAUUGCCUUUUUAUUAUUAUUUUCAGAUGUGUAAAAUCUUAUUUCAUAGAGAGCUGUGUGCAACACAUUUUAGAUUUUCCUUUAAUUGAUUUUCCAAGUCUUUCUUUAUUGAGACGUAAAAACAACUAUGCAGUUGUCAUCCUGGUUAAGGUACAAAGUUUUAAUUUACAGUGGUGUAAUAUUUACAUAGAACAUAUUGACCACAAGUUGGAUGUUUAACCUGCAGGAUUGUUGUUGGUCACCAGUAACCUAUGGUAGAGAUGAGAGAAUGAUGAGUAUCAUUGUAUGAAAGUUCACCUUCCUAUUGAAAG